CUUAUCGACUUCUAGAUCCGAAUCCUGUUUCUUGUUGUUUAUGAUCAAGCUCUGUUUUUCUAUUGCUUUCCGAUGACUUUUCUUGAUUAAUUGUAAAGUUUGCUUUUAUUUAUUUUAUGCAAUUCAUUGUUUGUUCAUAAUUCUCAGUGUAUUAUGGACGGGAAGGAAUAUGAUUUUACAGUGUUUGGUGCAACCGGCUACACAGGUAAAUACGUUUUCCGUAACCUACUUCUUUGGCAAGAGAUUGAAAAGGUUCCUCGGAGGGUUGCCAUAGCGGGAAGGAAUAAAGUUAAAUUGGAAUCACUGGUUAAAGAAACUGCUCUCCAAUUGGAUAAAAAUCUUGACUCUAUUGGCUUAAUCAUUGCUGAUGUUGAGAAUGAGGAAAGUUUAAUGUCGAUGUGUAAAAAGACAAGGGUCAUUCUCAAUGCUUGCGGACCUUAUAUUCUUUAUGGUGAACAAGUUGUCAAAGCAUGUAUUCAGAAAAAAACUCACAUGGUUGAUAUUUCUGGUGAACCACAGUAUCUUGAAGGAAUACAAUUAAAAUAUCACGAAGCAGCUCGUAGAGCUGGAGUUUAUAUCAUAGGAUCUUGUGGUUAUGAUGCUAUUCCAGCAGAAAUCGGAACUGAUUAUUUAAAACAAAAAUUUGCUCCUGGAAGGCUUAAUCAAGUGGAAGGAUUUUUAAAAUCUAAACCAGGAAAACAUGGUAUUACUCUAAACUAUGGAUCUUUACAUUCUCUCGUUGAAACCUUCACCUAUCUUAAUCAAUUAACGGAAGUCAGACAAAGAUAUCAAAGUCAACUUUUCACUAAGACCCCACCGAGUCCAAAAUAUCCAAUAAAGCUUAAAUUCUUACCAUGGAAGAAUGAAGAACUGGGAGGUUGGUGUGUACCUCUUCCUCUCAGUGAUCGUGAUAUUGUUUCAAAUAGCCAGAGAUGGUUUUAUGAAUACCAUAAUGAAAAGCCCGUACAAUUCGAGGAAUAUAUUGUGGUACCUAAAAUUUAUCAUGCAAUCAUUUUGACUCUUGGAAUGUUAUACUUCAAUUUUCUCAUCUAUUUCAAUUGCACUCGCAAACUUUUACUCAAAUAUCCAAAAUUCUUCACAAUUGGAUAUUUCUCCAAAGAAGGACCUACCCGACGGCAACUUGAAGAUAUUUCGUUUACCUUUCAGUGUGUUGGUAAAGGCUGGAAUACGCCAUGUAAAGGUGAUGAAUACGAUCAUCCUCCGAACAAAACUAUAAGUUGUCUUAUAUUCGGACCAGAUCCCGGUUACGAAACAACUUCCCGUUGCCUUAUACAGGCCGGUUUAACAGUCUUAGAAGAAAGCAAAAAGAUGCCAUUUGAAGGAGGAUGUUUGACUCCUGCUUUCGCUUUCCGAAAUACAUCUCUUCGUCAAAGAUUGAAUCGUCAUGCAGUCUCUUAUGAGAUAAUUGGUUGAAAGGAAAUCAACUUUAAAGAUAUAACUCAAACAAUCAAGCGCUCAGUCAAAUAAACCACGCAUCAAUCUAAUCAAUCAAAUAAUAUUAUUGAUCGGGUCAAGAUAUGAAAACUUUGAUUCCAUUUUUCAAGAUUCUGGAAAACCGUGAAUAUUUGGUUAAAUUUUUGAUUUAUCCAAUUGUAUUGUAAGACUAGCAAAUAUGUUAAAAUAUAUAAGACAAAUUCCAUAACAUGCAUAAGUUACAAUAAUACUUUUAAUGGAUAUCUCUAAAA